AUGAGUGAUUCUUCCAUUAAGAGUUUAGUCGUCACGCGCGCAACGUUAAACACGGAAACCCCAAUCGCGGGCGUGGAGAUCGUCCCGUACAUUGUGACGCGCAAAAGCGACGGGACGUCGACGACGGACGAUAUCCCUCGAGAAAACGCCAUCGACGGACAAUAUUUGCGAUAUAAGUGGUAUCGCUCGGGGAGGAAGUCGAGAACGGCGGUGUGCUCGGUGCACCCGGCGGAAGUGGCGACGUUGCAGAAUGUGCACAAUAGGCAGUACCACUGCGACGGGGAGUGUUUCAAGAGAGGAUGGCGAGAGUGGAUGCGUCACAGAAUCGCGACUGGAGAGGAAGAGGUGGAGAGGAGACAACCGACCAGAGCGACGAAGUAUAACGUGGCCAACGAGCAAAAGAAGGAGGGUGAAUUUGGGAGUCGCGAGAACUUGAACAAGGAAGAUGCUUCGGCGGCGGAAGAGGCGAAAGCAGCCGCGGUGCCUCCAUGGAUCGAAGUGUCUACGGAUAGAACGUAUUUAGUCAAACCAACAGAUGUUGGACACGUGUUAAAACUCGAGAUUCAGCCGUGCGACGCGAAAGCGCCGGCGCCGAACGAGAGAGGGGUGGCGGAGACGGUGGUUACCUCGAGGGUGAUUCCCGCGCCGAGUCCUCCGAAGAGGAAUUUGGUCCCGAUUCAAAAGAACGAUGCAGUAGAACCUGGUUCGUUUACGGUCAUGUCCUAUAACGUUUUAGCGGACGUGUAUUGCACGACGGAGAUGUACGGGUACGCCCCGCCUUGGGCGCUGAGUUGGUACUUCCGACGCCAGAAUAUUUUGAAAGAGUUGGUCCAAAUGGACGCGGACAUUUUGUGUUUGCAAGAGGUACAAUCGGACCACUUCGAAGACUUUUUCCAAGGCGAAUUGGCGAAAUACGGGUAUUCGUCCGUGUAUAAGAAGAAGACGGCGCAGAUUUUCUCGGAAGGGAAGUACGUCAUCGACGGAUGCGCGAUUUUCUUCAAGAAGGAUAAAUUCGCGUUGAUUAAGAAAUACGAGGUGGAGUUUAACAAAGCCGCGUUGUCGUUGGCAGAAAGUCUCGUCGGUUCCGGCGGCUCCAAAAAAGAAGCCUUGAACCGAUUGAUGAAGGAUAACAUCGCGUUGAUCGUCGUCUUGGAAGCUCUCGAUUCGCAACAGCGACAACAGACGCAACAAACUGGAAAACGGAAACUUUUGUGCGUGGCCAACACGCACAUUCACGCCAACACCGACCACAACGACGUCAAGCUUUGGCAAGUGCACACGUUGUUGAAAGGUUUGGAAAAAAUAGCCGCCUCGGCAGAGAUCCCUAUGGUUGCCUGCGGUGAUUUCAACUCCACGCCCGGUUCCGCCGCGCACGGGUUGUUGACUCGAGGUAUGGUGGACAACAACCACCCUGAGUUGCAAAUAGAUCCUCUCGGGAUCUUGCGCCCAGCCUCGAAACUCUCCCACCCGUUACCGCUCGUCUCGGCGUACUCAUCCGCUUUACGAAGAGACAAUCGCUUGCUCGAAUCUGAAGCGCUCGAGCGUUUGCGCGACCGCGUGGACCCUCGAACGGCGGAGCCGAUGUUUACAAACUGCACGAAGGAUUUUUUUGGCGCUUUGGAUUACUUAUUCUACACCGAGGAUACGUUAUGCCCAGUCGGACUUCUUGAACUUCCCGGAGAGAAAGAUGCGCGAGCUAAAUACGGCGGUUUACCGAACACGCAGUGGAGUUCCGAUCACGUCUCUUUGAUGGCGGAAUUCCAAUGGGGGCCAGCCGCCAUGAAUGGCUAUUAA